CAUAAAAUGACUUUGCUUCCACUAUCUGGCAAAUUCACUGGUCUGCAACACCACAGAGAUAAACCAGCCUCCAUAUUGCAGCUGAACAAAAUGCUGGGUCCUCGGUGAGGGUCAGAAAAUGAACGGCUCCUCCUGCUGUGAUCCUGCAGCCAUCAUGUACCAGCAGAGAUCAGGAGUUGACCUCAAUGCCAGCUGUGACUGGCCAGCUCCUGGCUGUAACUGGACAUCAGUGGACGGUGCUCUGCAGCUACCCACUUUUUCCACAGCGGCCAAAAUCAGAGUGAUCAUUACCUUCAUCCUGUGUGGCAUUUCCACUUUUUGCAAUUUGGCUGUGCUCCGGGCUGCCAAUGGGCACAAGCGUAAAUCCCAUGUCCGAGUGCUGAUAAUCAACUUGACUGCAGCUGAUCUCUUGGUUACCUUCAUCGUGAUGCCUGUAGACGCCGUGUGGAACAUCACAGUUCAGUGGCUGGCCGGUGACCUGGCCUGCAGAUUCCUCAUGUUCCUCAAGCUACAGGCCAUGUACUCCUGCGCCUUUGUCACAGUAGUGAUUAGUCUGGACAGACAGUCAGCUGUCCUCAACCCCCUGGCCAUCACCAUGGCCCGUAAAAGGAACAUGGUCAUGCUAAUGGUGGCAUGGACCAUGAGCGUCUUGUUCUCAAUCCCACAGAUGUUUAUUUUCCAUAAUGUGACCAUUACCUAUCCGACAAACUUCACUCAGUGCACCACCAGGGGAAGCUUUGUCACUCACUGGCAAGAAACCACCUACAACAUGUUUACCUUCUGCUGCCUCUUCCUGCUGCCACUGGUCAUUAUGAUCAUUUGCUACACCAGGAUCUUUAUUCAGAUCUCCAAGCAGAUGACAAAAAAGAACAUGCCCUCCAAUGAGCCACAUCUUCGCUGCUCAAAGAACAACAUUCCCAAAGCAAGAAUGCGAACUCUGAAAAUGAGCAUCGUUAUUGUGAUCUGCUUCAUCAUCUGCUGGACUCCAUACUACCUGUUGGGUUUGUGGUACUGGUUCUUCCCAGAUGACCUGGAGGGAAAGGUCUCUCACUCUCUGACCCACAUCCUGUUCAUCUUUGGACUUUUUAAUGCCUGCCUGGAUCCCAUCAUCUACGGCCUGUUCACCAUACGCUUCCAGAGGGGGCUGAGAAACUGCUACCGCAAAGCCACAGUGAUGUCCAGCUUGGAGACAAAUACAGUAAUAACGGAGUCCUUGAAAUGUACUGGAUCUGUCUUACCCUCUAAAAGAGGCACGACUAGUGGUGAAAAGGACAGAAACUCUAAACAUGCUGAGCCAAACUCCACUGACAACAGUGUCUGA